AUGAGAUUGGAAAGGAUUAAAUUUCGGAAAAACAAGGAGUUUUCUAACUUCAGUUCAUGGCCGAUUCAAGUUGUUCUUUUUGAAGUUGAAGACAGAGAGUGUGUGUGUGCUGAAGGGCAAGUGAUUUACCGCCCUUCUAUAGAGAAUCCUGAUUGGCCUCAAGUUUUUGGUGUCUCUUUUGAAAUUGAUGCUGAAGUGGUAAUGCUGCCAUUAAAAUCUAUACAAAUCACAAAAAUUGGGAUUUAUAACUUGUAUUUCAUCCAUUGUGAUACUAGGCUUAAAGAAUUGGUUGUGGAAGGUAAAACUGUAUGGAAAAUUCCCUCUGGUUAUUUACCCGGUAGAAUGAUGCCUAUGAAAAUUUUCUACCAAUUUAUGUCUUUUGCAUAUGUAUUGCUUGGGAUCUUUUGGUUCUCUCAAUAUGUUAGAUUUUGGAGGGAAGUAUAUCCCCUGCAGAACUGCAUUACCCUAGUGAUAACCCUAGGCAUGUUUAAGAUGGCUCUGUGGUACUUUGACUAUGCUGAAUUCAGUGAGACUGGAAUCAGGCCAACUAGGACAACAAUUUGGGCAGUAACCUUUGGAACUGUCAAGCGGACAGUGGCACGUUUGGUCAUUUUAAUGGUCAUCGGAGAGUAG